UAACCCACAAACGAAACCAAAUCCAAGCUCUCUCUCUCUCUCUCUCUCUGGUCGCUGUUUAUAUCUGAUAACUUACAGCCUCUCAUCUCUUUCUCCCUUGUUUGUUUUCGCCUUCUCUUCUCUCUCUUUUUCUUAUUUUAUGUUAUUUUAAGGAGUGUGUCUGUUGUGUUGUCAUUAAUUGAGUGUUUUUUAAAAGAAAUUCGAAGGAGAUGAAAAGUGAAUAUGACGAAGGGAAGGGUGGAGUAGGAGGGAGUAACAACAAUAGCAUGUUCGCUAAACUCCACCAACAGAAGCUCCAUCAACUGCACCACCACGUCGUCACCCGAGAAUGCCACCACCCUUCCUCACAGCAACAGCAAACUUCCGAAGAUGAUGAGACCCGAAGCAGCGGCGGUGGUGGUGUUGGUGGUGGUGGUGGCGCCUCCACUAGGGCUAUCAUAAUGAACAACCCUUCUGAAGUUACCACCACCACUAAAGGCGACGGCGCCACAAUCGAAGUGGUGAGGCGACCAAGAGGCCGUCCCCCGGGCUCCAAGAACAAACCCAAGCCACCUGUCUUCAUCACACGCGACACCACCGACUCCACCGCCUUGCGCCCACAUGUCCUCGAAGUCCCUGGUGGCCUAGAUGUCGUCGACGCCCUUGCACGCUUUGUCCAUCGACGGAACAUCGGCCUCUGCGUCCUGACCGGCUCCGGCACCGUAGCUAACGUCACCCUCCGCCAGCCAUCCCCUACUCCUGGCGCUACAGUCACCUUUCAUGGCCGAUUCGAUAUUCUCUCCAUAUCUGCUACUUUGCUUCCACCGUCUUCGUCUUCAAUACCCUCUUCUGCGAAUGCCUUCACUAUAUCGCUCGCUGGUCCGUCUGGGCAGAUCGUAGGAGGGUCCGUUGCUGGGUCUCUACUCGCGGCUGGAACAGUUUAUAUAGUCGCUGCGGCGUUUAGUAAUCCUUCUUAUCACCGGCUACCUGAAGAAGAUGAGUUGCAGAGUCCCCUUUCGGGUAAAGCAGAUCAGUCUCCGUCGGGUUCGGGUGGUGGUGGCGAGGGAAGCCAUGGCCAUCCAGGUCCACCUCCUGCUCCUGCGGAACCAUGUGGUGUUUCAAUCUACAGCUGCCAUCUUCCUUCGGAUGUGAUUUGGGCCCCAACCGCCCGGCAACCACCACCGCCACCUCACUUUUGAUUUCAUCCAUCUUUUGCCCUUUUUUUGUAAAAAACCCUUUUGGGUUUUCUUCUGUUUUUCUUACUUACUUUGUUUAGCUUGUUAGCUUGUGAAUUCAGAAUUCAUUCUCUGCAA